CUUCCUUUGAUCUUAAUCUGAUGCAGAGGCGUGGAUUGGCGAAAAGAAGAGAGGCAGCUGUUGAAGAAGCUAACCUUGCUUUCCAAGAAUAUGAAGAUUCGUUAAAGAAACCAGAGAAUUCUGGUGGCUUAGAAGAUCCAAAAGCUGCUUCUACCAGUGGCAGAAGAGUAUUUGGACCAGCCAAAGCUCAAGUAUCUGAUACCAGGGUAAAAUCAGAUAACAGCUAUGGUGGCAGUGAUAGUGAGGAUGACUUGGGAAUCGGUAAAAGUGGCAACAUGGAGAAUAUGGGAAGUCACCUUUUGCAUAACAAGGAUUCAGUUGUGAUUCAAGAAGACACUGAUACUCACAAGGAAUCUUUGUUGAAGACCAUUGAUGAUAUUAUUGAAAAUCCUGGGCCAAAAACUACAUGCGAAGUUUCCAUUUUUGUGUCAGAUCAGUGGAAAAAGGCAAAGAACAAAAAUGAAAACACAACUAUCAAGAAGUCUCCAAACCUUACAGGGCCAGUUAGGCAAAAUAAAAAAGAUUCUGAAAAGGAGAUUGGAGAGGAUAGUGAUACCAAUAGUGAAGGACAGAUGGUGGAUGGAAUUCUGUCUUCUGUUUCUAAAGUGCCUUAUGAACUUCCUUCUCAAGAGGAGCUCAUUAGGCAAGCGUUUGCAGGGGAUGAUGUAGAAGGUGAUUUUGAAAAGGACAAGCAUGAGAUCCUCGAGGAAGAAAAUCCUAACCCAGAAAAGCCUCUGUUACUUCCUGGCUGGGGCCAGUGGACACAUAUACAGGAAAAGAAAGGUUUACCAUCUUGGAUGCUGAAAAAACAUGAAAAUGCCCAGAAAAAAAGGGCAGAGGCUCUCAAAAAGAGGAAGGAUGCUCAGAUAAAAAACGUGAUUAUAUCUGAAAAGAUAGAUAAGAAGGCUGAAAAACUGCAUAGUAAAUCACUGCCUUUCCCGUUUACUUCCAAAGAGGUGUUUGAACAGAGCAUGCGUUCUAGCACGUCAUUUAAUUUUUAUAUCAUUUAUACAUAA